AUGUACAAGCAAGAUCACUUUCUGCGAAUCAUCGAGUUGGAUCAAUACACUCCAGUAGAUGCCCCUGUCAACCGCAGUAUGUCAUAUAAGGAAGACAUAAACGAAAAUCCAGGGCCUGAGAAAAAAAGCCCAGGUAUACAUUACAUAAAAGAAAAGACUGCCGUCCGACACGACCCGCCGGAUCACCUGUUACCAAACGGAUAUCACCACCUGAUGUUCGGACCUGACCAGUUUUCGUUUUUUGUUCCUGCCGUAGAUACCGGGCCCAUGUCUGCCUCUUACAGAGCCUUCAUUUGCAUCCUUCUUGCGUCAGUUAUGUUAUGCUCGACGUCCAAUGCACAUGGAAGAGCAUAUGGCGAAAGCCCUGAGGAAGAAUUCCCUGACGAUUUUGAAUUCUCUGACGAUACUCGUCCCUCAAUGGGCCCAUGUCUGCCUCUUACAGAGCCUUCAUUUGCAUCCUUCUUGCGUCAGUUAUGUUAUGCUCGACGUCCAAUGCACAUGGAAGAGCAUAUGGCGAAAGCCCUGAGGAAGAAUUCCCUGACGAUUUUGAAUUCUCUGACGAUACUCGUCCCUCAAUGGUUUGACGACCGAUUCAUCCAAGGUGCGAAAGAAACUUUCCUGAGAAACUUUGUAGUAAUCCCACCCACCCCACCUUCUAUCAAGUGA